UGUAUUGAAUUUUUGUUGGUAUGGUGAUAAGUUUGGAGUUAUUUUAAUUUUGUAAUUUUCUCAAAAUUAUUUGUUUAAAAAUGUAAUACUGAAAGUUGAUAGUUAUUUAGUCAAUUAGUUGAAUAUUCGUUAGUUAAUUCAUCCACUGCAGUUACAUACACCAUUCCCUUCUGCAGAGAAUUGAAAUGGAUAAAACAGGGUUAAUUCCUGCUCGAUUUAUAACCAUGAUCGGACAUUUCGUCAUGUUGAUUAUGGCAUUGAAUUGUCGAGAUACAAAUGUUAAGGCAUGCCUACCUUACAGUUAUGAUACUGAAGAAUAUUUAGGCAAAGAUAGAGAAUUAGUGAUCGGAUUAUCAUUGGGCUUAGCUUUCCUCGGGGUUGAAAUAUUCGGUUUUUUGUUUGGAUUUUCAAUGUUUAUGCCUUUAGCGGCAUCGAUUUCUGUUGCAGCUCAUUCGUUUGCUUGCGUACUGCUGUCGUAUUGGCUAAUUGAUACAUGGGAUUGCGUUUUCUUCUGGUGGGUUUUCUUCUUAUGCAGCUUUAUUCCAGGGUUUGUGGAGAUCUGUAUCAUUACUAAUAUGAUGGUUGUUAAACGUAUUGCUUGCUGAGUAAUACGAGUGUAGAAUAUCUCAACUACAUUUAUGUUGAGGAAAAAAAACUCAAGAUUAGGUUGUAAUUGUCUACUGUGCCAAUUUGUUGUUCAGAUUUUGUACAAAGAAAUAACGAGUAAAUGUUUUAUAAUUUUGUAUACAUUUUUCAGUUUUAUACUUUGAUAGUUUAUUUAUGAUUAAUGAGUACCUACCUAACUGCAUAAAAAAAAUGAGACACCUGAAUUUACUAUCUACAAUAUUUGUUUCCUUCGUACUGUAUUUAUCUAAUCAGUGUUCACUGAGCUUAUUUCCUUUGCAUUUCAUGGGAAAAGAAUGCUUAAAGUAAAUAUUAAUUUUUUUAUUGUACUCGUAGGUACAUAGUAGGUAACUAUGUAGGUGCCUAUAAAGAGUAUAACGUUUCAAUAUCUUUUGAAAGCAUUUGAACAGUAAGCUAUUGAAAUAUUCAAAAUUAGUAGCAAGUCUUAUCAGUUAGUACAUCAGGGAUCAAAGUACUGAAGUUGCAUUCAUGUUACUUACCCACAGUUUUUGAUUUUGGAACAUUGAUGUUGAAGUCUAUAAAAACAGAAACAAAUAUAUUUCUGUAGGAAGUGAAGGGAGAGGAAGGGGUUUUAAAAAAUGAUUGCUUUCAAGUGAAAAAGGUGAAGAAUUUCGCUUUUUGAGAUUUGACAGACUCUACUGUAGAUGUACUAAUUUUUUGACAAUACUUCUUCUUUUAUGAUGCUGAUCAAGAUUUUUGGAACCCUAAAAUGAGGAAGCAGUGGCUAAAAAACUGUCGAUCUCCAUGGAUUACUGUGGGGUUGUUUUUGCUUUCUUCUUACCUAAUUUUUUCCACAGAUUUUUUUGCAUUUUUUCAAUAGAAUGAAAAUUUUUAUAAUUUUCAAAGUAACCUUGGGGUUAAAUUUAGAAUCAUCAAUAUGCCCUCAGAUCGCUGAUAGGGCACAUGAUUCAACUUUUGUACAACAUUUUAGGACUUCAUCAAUUUGAAAAUUUCAUCAGAUUGCUUCUACCUACUUUUUUCAUGUUUUCAAAACAAUUUUCAUUUCAUUUUUUAUACUUAAAUUCAAUUUUGAAUGACAUAUGUAUCUUGGAAGUACACAAAACAUUUUUUGAAAAAUGUGAAAAUCCUUAAUUCAAAAAUAUGAAAAAAUGAUAGACCAUCAAAAAUGAUGAUUCUAAAUUUAACCCCUCGACUACAUAUACAACCUACUAUGUCGAUAUGUCCCCCUAUAAAACACCAUUUGGGCAUAAAUUCGCGGAAACGUUUUCCUGACACCUUAAAAUCAGCAGUUUUUGUACUUUCAAGGACUUUGUGCGGACGUAAGCGACCACCGAGAAAAAAAACGAACUCCACAGGGAGAUUCAGCAUCUCAAACUCUACAAAUUGAGUGAUAAGGCUAAAUUUUAAAAAUCGAUUUUGGAGCUUUAAACCUGAGAAACGUGAAUUUUUAGCUAAAAUGUCCCCAUUUUGAGGCCAAGUGGCUCAGCCCCAUGGUGCCGCGGGGGGCUAAAAAUUUUUUUGGGGUGGUUUCAACUCAAAAGGAACCACAUAUGUGAAUUUCCGAAAAUUCCGAGACCUACGUUUUUUUAUUGACCCGCCCUAAUACACACACAUCUCGAGAGACGACCAAUUUAUUGUUUUAAUAUAAUGCGGAAAGUGAAAUCGGUGGAAUCGUAAAUUUGCAUAGUAGUGCUUUAUGUGCUAAUUCAUUGGUAAUGAACACGUGAGCAGCUACUGCGCACGCGUUUCGUUUUUCUAGAGCGAUAGCGUCUUGAGUUCUUGUGCUUUGCGAAUACGACAGCGGUGUUCUAUGGUUAUUUUGUUCGGCAAUACGUACUGUGCACUGUGCAGUAAUUGCGAGCUCGUUUCAGUGAUUAAUCCUUUAGUUCGUUUGAUUCAAGUACCAUUCAAGCACGAGGAAGACACGCAAGAUUAUUUUAUUAAUUUUUAAAAAACUGUCGACAAAAAAUACUGAAAUUUUCAAGAAUAUAAAAAGGUUACCACAAAAUACUUUUCUUAUGUAACUAUUAAAGAGAAAAAAUGGAUCCGGAGAGAGAAAAUAUAAAUAGUUUACCUAUCCACUCGACAACUUCUAUAACAUCAAGAUUAUCAAAACCAUAUCGGGGGGAUAGAUGGACUCCUUUGCUUGUCUUAGGUGCAGCUGUGUCAACAUUCGGAUUCGCAGUUCCUGCUGGAUACUGUUUGGGUGUACUGAACACUCCAGCCAAAUUGUUACAGGAAUGGUGCAACGAGACUCUAAUACAAGAGCGAGGAAUCCAUUUAUCACACGCAAAGUUCCACGUGAUGUGGUCAUUAAUCGUAUCAGUAUUCCUGAUUGGCGGCGUUAUUGGUGGCCUGACUGGCGCUUGGUUUGCUGAUAGAUUGGGGAGGAAGGGAACACUGAUCUCAGGAAAUGUAUUAAAUGUUUUAUCUGGUAUUUUAUUCUUUUGUUCAAAAUAUGUUCCUUCUAUUGAAAUGUUUUUCGUUUGUCGUAUUAUGGUCGGAUUUGUCGCCGGCCUAAUGACAACCGUCGUUCCUAUGUAUCUAACUGAAUUAAGCCCACCGAAGUAUACCGGACUGAUGGGCGUACUAUUCCCAGUGGGAUUAACUUUUGGUAUAUUGGUAUCUCAAGUUAUGGGCUUAGAUUGGUUAUUAGGUACCGAAGAAUUGUGGCCAUUUUUGAUAAGCGGGUAUGUUUUGAUGACAAUUUUUGUUUUUGCGUCGCUUCCAUGGUUGCCAGAAAGUCCAAAAUAUUUAUAUCAAGUUCGUAAAUUGGAAGACGAAGCACUGAAAGAACUAUCUAGAUUAAGAGAUUUACCCGAAAAUAUUGUUCGUUGGGAAAUAUUUAGUAAUGCAACUUCUCCUAGGCGUGCUACUCACGAAAAUUGGAAUUUAAUUCGUGUUUUAAGUACUCCUCGAUUACGUAUACCAUUAUGUCUUGUGAUUGCUCUACAAGCUGGACAACAGUUUUCUGGAAUCAAUGCGAUUUUUUAUUUUUCUUCCAACAUUUUCGAAGCAGCCGGUUUAAGCAAAGAUUCCAUUCAAUAUGCAAAUAUUGGAACGGGUGUCAUCAACUUUUGUAUUACAGCUUGUAGCUUGUUAUUGGUUAAUUCAUUUGGUAGAAGACCGUUGCUGAUAUUUAGUUGUGCUUUGACUUCGUUGACUUUAAUUUUGCUGACUUUUUCGUCGAAAUAUAUGGAUUUAGCUUCAUGGAUUCCAUAUUUGUCAGUAGGAAUUGUUCUGCUUUUCGUUUUUUGUUAUGACUUGGGAUUAGGACCGAUCCCAUAUUUCAUUGGUGCAGAAUUGGUGGAUAUUGGACCACGACCUGUGGUUAUGGCUUUGGGAAGUGUUGCCAAUUGGGGCGGAAAUUUCUUAAUCGGUGUGGGUUACACGACGCUACACAAUUGGUUAAAUGAGUCGAUAUUUCUGCUUUUCGCCGCUUCUACACUUUUGUUGAUGACUUUCAUUACCGUUUAUCUACCUGAAACCAAAGAUAUAUCGAUGUCUACCAAUGAAUUAGCGGAACAUGAAAGUAUGACUGAAGAGCCUUAAUUAUUGUGCAUUUAUAUUUCUAGAUAAUACGAUUACGAAUCUCUAAUUUUCAUUAUGGCUGUCUAUAGAAAUCAUAUUGAUUUUUAUGUUUGUGACAUUUUCAUUAUUUUUUCACUGGUGUACUGAAUUGUUAUAAUGCAUUUACUCGUCCAGUGAACUGUGUGUUUGUGUGUGAAUUUUUGUUUUGUGAGAUUUUCAUGUUUUAAUUACCUAGACCAAAUACAAGAUUUUAUUUUGUGUAAUA